CAGAGCUGUGCUGGCCAGCUGCUGCUGAGACAGCAGUGAAGGCUCUGCGCUGGCGACAGUCCUCUCUUAUGGACCAGGAGCUCAAUAAUGUAUUUUGUGAUUUCAGCUAUGAAAGCUCAAAUCGAAAUUAUUCCUUGCAAGAUCUGUGGAGAUAAAUCAUCAGGAAUCCAUUAUGGUGUGAUAACGUGCGAAGGAUGCAAGGGCUUCUUCAGGAGGAGCCAGCAGAGCAACGCUGCGUACUCCUGUCCCCGGCAGAAGAACUGCCUGAUCGACCGCACCAGCCGUAACCGCUGCCAGCACUGCCGCCUGCAGAAGUGCCUGGCUGUGGGCAUGUCCCGAGACGCGGUGAAGUUCGGCCGCAUGUCUAAGAAGCAGAGGGACAGCCUGUACGCGGAGGUGCAGAAGCACCGUCUGCAGCAGCAGCAGCGCGACCACCAGCAGCAGCCGGGGGAGGCGGAGCCGCUCACGCCCACCUACGGCCUCUCGGCCAACGGGCUGACAGAGCUGCACGAUGACCUCAGCGGCUACAUGGACGGCCACACCCCCGAUGGAGGCAAGGCCGACUCGGCCGUCAGCAGCUUCUACCUGGACAUCCAGCCCUCGCCCGACCAGUCCGGCCUAGACAUCAACGGCAUCAAGCCGGAGCCCAUCUGCGACUUCGCCCCGGGCUCCGGAUUCUUCCCCUACUGCUCCUUCACCAACGGGGACACGUCCCCCACCGUGUCCAUGGCAGAGCUAGAACAUCUGGCCCAGAACAUCUCCAAGUCCCACAUGGAGACGUGUCAGUACCUGAGGGAGGAGCUCCAACAGAUGACCUGGCAGGCCUUCCUGCAGGAGGAAAUGGAGAACUACCAGAACAAGCCCAGGGAAGUGAUGUGGCAGCUGUGUGCCAUCAAAGUCACGGAGGCCAUCCAGUACGUGGUGGAGUUCGCCAAGCGCAUCGACGGCUUCAUGGAGCUGUGCCAGAACGACCAGAUCGUGCUUCUGAAAGCGGGUUCUCUGGAGGUGGUGUUUGUGAGAAUGUGCCGUGCCUUUGACUCUCAGAACAACACAGUCUAUUUCGACGGGAAGUAUGCCGGGCCUGAUGUCUUUAAAUCAUUAGGUUGCGACGACUUGAUCAGCUCCGUCUUUGAAUUCGGGAAGAACCUGUGUUCUAUGCACCUGUCGGAGGACGAGAUCGCCCUGUUCUCGGCGUUCGUGUUGAUGUCUGCGGACCGGUCCUGGCUCCAGGAGAAGGUGAAGGUGGAGAAGCUGCAACAGAAGAUCCAGCUGGCCCUACAGCACGUCCUGCAGAAGAACCACAGAGAGGACGGGAUUCUGACGAAGUUGAUAUGUAAAGUGUCGACACUGCGGGCGCUGUGUAGCAGACACACGGAGAAGCUGACGGCGUUUAAAGCAAUAUACCCGGACAUUGUGCGCGCACACUUCCCCCCCCUCUACAAGGAGCUUUUCGGCUCGGACUUCGAGCAGUCGAUGCCCGUGGAGGGGUAA